AGCAAAGCCCAGCUCAUCAUCAGAGCAGGAGGGGCUUUAGAGUUAACUGCAUGCAGGAAAUCUCUCACAUCCUGAUUUGCAGCGCUCUCUCUCUCGCUCUCUCUGUAACUGUAUCUUAAUGGGGUUGCUCUUCGGCCCCAGCUGAUGAAAGUUUGUCUCUCGGUCCGGGCUAAAAUGUCAAAGCGUCUCCGUGCAGGAAAGCAACGCUGUCCUCCGUCCUCUCACUCUCCGACCCAGCUCUUCCUUCUUCGGCUCAGCCUGACCUGCCUCUUAAUAGUCUCGUCAUCUGGGGCGCAAGGAGAAGAUGCAAAUAGUAAACUGGAAUUCUAUAGAAAACGGAUUUUGAAGAAUAAGAAACAGCACUAUGACAUAGUAAUUCCUUAUCUUAUGAAUGGUGAACAGUGGAAACCAAUGAAGAUUUUUCAUUCACAGACUUACCCAGCGAUACUGAAAUUUCUAAUACAAGCUGAAAACCAGCAACUUGUCAUCAGUCUAGAGAGAAAUGAUGGUCUUUUUGCUGGUAAUUUCACGGAAACACAUUAUUUGGAAGAUGGUACCUGUGCUGUUCUCAUGCGUAAUUACACGGAACACUGCUACUACCAUGGUCGCUUGCAAGGUUAUGCUGAAUCUGCAGUCAGUUUGAGUACAUGUUCUGGACUCAGGGGAUACAUUUUCUUUGAAGAUAAAGCCUAUAUAUUGGAGCCAUUGGAAGGUGCUACAAAUGAACACAUAAUUUACAAAACAGAGAACCUAAGACUAACCUUGGGUUCUUGUGGCAACCAUCUCAACAUCUCAGGGAUCACACAGGAAGAUGCUGCACAGUCUACUCAGAGGUUUAUCAGUAGGCACAAGAGGGAAGCCCUGAAAUCCACCAAGUAUGUGGAACUUCUUAUUGUGGCUGAUAACCGAGAGUUUCAGAGACAGGGCAAAGAUGUGGAGAAAGUGAAGCAUCGGCUUAUAGAAAUUGCAAACUAUGUUGAUAAGUUCUAUAGGCCACUAAACAUUCGAAUAGCCCUGGUUGGAGUGGAAAUCUGGAAUGACAUGGAUAAGUGCACAAUAACCCAAGACCCCUUUACCACCCUACAUGAAUUCCUCGACUGGAGAAAGCUGAAACUACUACCUCGUAAACCACAUGACAAUGCACAGCUAGUGAGUGGAGUAUAUUUCCAAGGUACUACCAUUGGCAUGGCACCCAUAAUGAGUAUGUGUACUGCUGAGCAAUCUGGGGGAAUUGUUAUGGAUCAUUCAGACACCCCUUUGGGAGCAGCAGUAACUCUGGCUCAUGAGCUGGGCCACAAUUUUGGAAUGAACCAUGAUACACUGGAAAGGGGAUGCAACUGCAAAGCAUCUACUGACAAAGGGGGCUGCAUCAUGAACCCCUCAACUGGCUAUCCAUUUCCCAUGGUUUUUAGCAGCUGCAGCAAGAAAGACCUGGAAAACAGUUUGGAAAAAGGAGUGGGGAUGUGUCUUUUCAACCUGCCAGAAGUUAAGGAAUCAUUUGGUGGCCCACAGUGUGGAAAUGGCUAUGUAGAAGAAGGAGAGGAGUGUGACUGUGGGGAAGUUGAGGAAUGCACAAACCACUGCUGCAAUGCUACUACCUGCACUUUAAGGCCAGAAGCAGUGUGUGCCCAUGGGCUUUGCUGUGAAGACUGCAAGCUGAAGCUAGCAGGGAUCCUCUGCAGGGACUCCAGCAAUUCCUGUGACCUUCCUGAGUUCUGCACUGGAGGUAGCCCUCACUGCCCAGCUAAUGUGUAUUUACACGAUGGGCAUCCCUGCUACAGGGUGGAUGGCUACUGUUAUAACGGCAUGUGCCAGACCCAUGAACAGCAAUGCAUCACACUCUGGGGCCAAGGUGCUAAACCUGCUCCUGGGAUAUGCUUUGAGAGAGUCAAUUCUGCAGGUGAUCCUUACGGAAACUGUGGCAAGGAUUCCAAAAGUUCUUUUGCCAAGUGUGAAGCCCGAGAUGCUAAGUGUGGAAAAAUUCAGUGUCAGGGGGGAGCAAAUCGACCUGUCAUUGGUACCAAUGCUGUCUCAAUAGAAACAAACAUCCCAUUACAAGGAGGAGGUAAAAUUUUGUGCCGCGGAACCCACGUCUACUUGGGGGAUGAUAUGCCCGACCCUGGCCUUGUCCUGGCUGGAACAAAGUGUGAGGAUGGAAAAGUUUGCCUCAAUCGCCGCUGCCAAAAUACCAGUGUAUUUGGUGUUCAUGAAUGUGCAACAAAAUGUCACGGACGUGGAGUCUGUAACAAUAAGAAAAAUUGCCACUGUGAAGCCCAUUGGGCUCCUCCCUUUUGUGACAAAGCUGGAUUUGGUGGCAGCAUAGACAGUGGACCAGUCAGACAGUCUGAUAACAGAAGUUUAAUCGUUGGGCUCUUCAUUACCAUGCUGUGCCUUAUAGCUGCUGGGCUACUUAUGUACAUCAAACGAAAAAUCUUAAUUCGAUUGUUUCUUAUAAAUAAGAAGACUACAAUAGAGAAACUAAGGUCUGUGAAUCCAACAAGGCCUUCCAGUGCAUUUGAAUCCAAUCAUGUUCCUACGACAGCUUGCAAUAAAAAUCUAGUCAAAAAGGCACAAAAUUUAAACACAUAUAAGAGGAAUGAUUCGCAAAGAUUGCUGCGGUAUCAGAGAAGUGAUAUUAGUAACCCUGUGAAGGCACAGAAUACACUACGGUCAAACUCACCAGAACACCCCUUGCCACCCCUUUGUGAUCUCUCCUGUAAACAGUCUGUGCCCACAAAGAUGCUACCAGCCAACCCUACCCCCAGGCAUAAUGAGGAAUCUUGCAAGCCAAGCCCUCCUCAAAAACCUUUGCCAGCUGAUCCUCAGAACAAAGCUAUCCGGCUGAACAGUGUUUCCAGAAUGGUUCUUGGGCUUCCAAAACCUGUGCCUCAGAUUGUUCCAGUCAGGCCUGCACCUAAACAUCCACUUCCCAUGCCUAGAACCUGCGACGUGGCUUAUCGGAAGUGACAAAACACAACAUCAUUUCUAUCCUGAAAAGUGAAGUCAUAAAGUUUGCACUAUUUUUAAUUCUUGUUGGAGAGCAAUAUUUUUAUAUCAAUAGAUAUAAUUUUUAAUGUUCAACCCCCCCAUUAUUUUUAAAAACUCUGAGCUACUGCCUUUGGUGCUAUGCUGUGUGAAGGUGGUCUGCAUCCGUGCUCAGGUACUCGUAAAUUAUUUAUAUUGAAUAUUUAUUACAGUGCAGAGCACUGUAGUAGAUAUUGUUUCACCAUAGCUGAGUUUACCUUGGAAAGAAGCCAUUUUUGUGAUUUCUAAGCAGCCUCAAACCAUCCUUCAUUACAGAUUUCUCAAUAGGCUGUACAGGUGCCUCAAAGGUUGUUUGGUUUGAAUAUGUUAUUCACAGCAUUCUGAUCAAGGCUAAAAUGAAACUUUGCUGAAGUCAAGGGACUGGAAUGUCAGAAGUUAGUGGCUGAAAUGUUGAUUUUGGAAUCCAAAGGCAAAAUAUGAUUUUUUGGAGAAAUUUGAUGGCAUCCGAAGUAAAGAAAAACCUGUUCUGCUCUAGUUUAUAAAGCUUAAAAGUCUAAUGGUCUGUGACUCAGGCAAAAGUAGCUGUCUAGAUGCAUGUGUUUUCUGAGUUUGGAUGCUAGAACAUCAUAUAAUGGUUUCUGCAAAAAAAUUCAGAUACUUCACUUUGGAAUCAGAUUCGCUUCUCUAGCAAUAUAUAGUGUACCAUUUUAUCAUUGCUUGCUGAAAAUGAGUUAUAACUGGUCUAAUCUUACGCAGUAGCAAAGUAAUGUCUAGGAAUGGAUAUUAGGGUUUUCCUGCAGCAGGCAACCAAGUCUAGUACACAUGAUGUUUCAAGAAAACACACUCCCUCCAGCAUGGUACAGCGGUGUCUUAGAGGUAACAUGUUCUACACAGCUAAAAGUUCUGGAAGAGGUCAACACUUUAAGCAGCAUCAUAGAGGAAUGUGGGACUUGUCAGAGCUGCAGAAGACACAAUGACCAUUUACCAACCUCAACUGGGACUCAAAAAUGUGAACAAGGUGGCCUGUUUUUCUUGCGAUGAGAGUGGAGUAACCAUAGCAUUACAAGCACUGGAACUAUAUAAUCUGUUGUGAAAUGUGGGGAUAAGCAACAACUCCUUUGUGGGAAAUACUGCAAAAUGUAAUGCAUGCCAAAACUUUCAGGCACCUCUUUGUACCAUCUACCUCUAUCAUCAAUGGCCAGGCUGUUUAUUAUAACAGACAAGCACAGAGCAAGUUUUGAGACUUGAAUACUAACCCCUAAAUACUAAUUGAAUACCCCAUUUUUAAUGACAUUGGAAACCACUGCAGUUUCCAUAGCCAAUGUCACAGAAUUCAUUACAGCUCUACUGUUGGGUUUUUUUUAAAAUAUAAAUAACUCAUCUAUUUCAAAGUAUGUGAUCUAAUUGGUUUUGUGAACAAAUGUUCAAAUAGUUAUCCCUCCCCCAUCAUAUGGUGAAAACCUCCAAUAUCUGUGUUAUCAUAUCUCAGUGUACUGUAAAACCUUAUCGGGCUGUUCAAAGCUAGUUGAAAGUUUGAACUUCAAGAAAAUGCAUACAUUUUCAAUAUAUUUUCUUAAUGAAAAGCACUGUAUAUUACACAAGGCUAUUUUAAUCUCAUUUUUUAGACAUAGUACAAAACUUCUAUGUUAAUGCAGGGUGUCAGUUUUUUGAUAUUGUUUUGGUGCUUGGUAAAUUAAUUUCAAUCAAGAAUCAGAAGGUACUCGCCUCUUUCCUGUACUGUAGUGGAGUACAUCACAUGUCCAUACUGAUUAUAGGGUUAUUUCCAACACAGCUGCCAUUCAACAGACAAUUUUCUCAGACGUAAAAUAAGUAAUCAGAGGGCAAGUUGUUUGCCUAAGGUUGAAAAGACGAUGCUUCUUACAAAGAAUUGAUUGAUUACCCUAACCAUACUCCUAUUACUCAGUCCCCCUUCAUGACACAUCUGCACAUUUUAUAACUUUAUCCGAUUAGCCCCUGUAUUUGGCCAGUUUCUUCCAAAGCAAUGUGAACAUUUUAAAACCAACCUUACAUUUACUAAAGCCAUUAGUCUCCAGAAGACACAGAAUGUUUUACUGCUCUGUUUAUUUUUUAAAGCUGUAUUUUACAAAUAAUAAUUGUAGCAGUGUUUUCCAUGGAACAGAUGAGCUGUUGUUCUUUAUCUUCUUUCCUCCUAUGGAUAUUUCCAUAUUCAGUUUUGACCUACUUCCAAAAUUUAAAGAAAUAAAAUGCAACUAUACAUUAUCUAGCAAUGAGUCAAUUAAUCUCUACUGUAUGGGCAACGGAAUAUUUUCAGUGAUAUGGUCAGUUGAACCAAUUAUUACAACACAUAUCAAAACUCAGUUAACAAUGUUCCUUCAUAAUUCAGGAUCUGGUGUCAGAGGGUACUUAUUAAAAAAAUUCCACUCUUUUAGCCAUAUACGUUUAACCUUCAGUUGCAAUGUCUGCCUUAGCGUGAUGUCUGAAUGUAGCCCAUAUGGUCACUUUUUCAUCUCUGGUUUAGUAUUUUUCUGAAAAUUUUACUUUCAUAACUGUUAUAAAGAUGAAGGUAGAGGAAUUUUUCCCUUCUUCCUUUUACCAAUGCUAAGCCAAAAUCCAUUGGUGACGCUUUUCUUUCAACCCCUGCUAAAUGUUCCCUCUCACCCUGUCAUCAUGGUGUUAACAAAUACUUUAUUAUAUGCUAAACAAAACUGUUUCCAAUGUCUACUCUAGACCAUUGGUAAUCUCUCUUGCCCAUAUGGUGUAAUAAUAUCCAUAGUCACUGGUCUGUGCUUCUUCAGGCAAAGAGACAGAACUUGAAGACCUUUGGUCUUUCCCCAGCAAUUUAGCUUUUCCCAAUUACUGUGCUCUGUAUCUAGGCAACCACAGCAGUUAUGCUUAUGAAUAAACCAGACAAAUAUAUCAACAUCACAACCAAAACCAAUAAAGCAAAAGAGAAUCCUCUUUGGAAAAAAAAUCAGCAGUUAAAGUUUGCAUAUGUUACUAUGUAAUUUCCUGUGUGUUAAUUUAUAUGUCAUUCUGGAAAUGUUAAUGUAAUAUUUAUGCUAAAUGAUAGUGGUAAUCAGGUAUUUAAGACUGAGUUUGGCAUUUCAAUUGAAAUGAAAGUCAGGUGCUCUUUAAAUUACCUUUCAUGUAUCUUGAGUACUUUCCUGCUUUUCUAGAUACACCUUAUUGCCUUCUUUUUCCUGGUUUCAUUCUGUUGGACUGCCUUCCUACAUGCUUACUGUUAAAGUAGCUAUUACAUUUAAUUUUAUUUACAUUGCCUAAAAAAGAUGCUAGCUUCAGUAAAGUCUGUUGUUUUUUCCUGGUAAUAGCACACAUUUAAUCUACAGUUAACUUGCUUGAUUUCUAAUUGUAAAGUGUUAAAGUAAUAAGCAAUAAUAUUUUAGAGCUGAAAUGUUCAUUCAAGAAAUAGUUGGAAUAUUUUCUGUUGCCUCAAUUAAUCAGGCCCCUUAGGGAUAUGACAGGAGGCUUGUGAAUGAGAUUCAAGGCCCUCAUGUUUAUGUGCCAAUCUGCACUGGGUUCUAUGGCAUGUGCCAUGUACAGAAAAGAGACCAUGCAAGUAGAGAUCAGAGGCAUAUCACAUUGUGCAUCUGAAUAUUGACUUUCUUGUAUGAUCCUGGUUAGCACCUCAUGUUGCAAAGAUGCACAGUUCCAUUCCAUUCCAUCUUCCUAUAUAAACAAGGGCAGGUGCCUUUAUUUGUUAUUUGUGUGCAGUUAUUGCCCAUGGAUCCUUGGUUAAUGUACCUUAAGCAACUGUUCUUGGAUUUGGGCAAUUUAUUCUAAUGGAAUUAUACAUAUGAAAACUAGUGUUGCUAAUUACUCAACACAUUAAGCAAUCUUAAUAUAUAAAUGAAACAGGUAAGAUGAACUGUUCAAUCAAAUUUUAUACCAAGUUUUGCUCCUGGGAAAAAUUGAGAAAAACAAAUAGUUCAAAAACAUUUCCUCAGGGAACCUCACAGCUUACCAGUAUCCUGCAGGCCUUCUGACGGUAGCAAUUUCAAGGUGGGAAUCAAUAGACAACCACAUGCCUUACUGGGCAACAGCCUUGUCCACUUUCCUGAAACAUGGGUUGGAAGCUAUGUUGGGGAAUGCUGCUCAGAAGAGCCACAGGCAGUAUGUCAAAGAGCCAAAUGUGUUCCCAACCCUCUGAGUAUCAUUGUUACAUGAAGAUUAAAACAAUAGACAACGCCAGGAAGACGUAACUAGAUAUGUAUAAUAAAAUGACAUUUUUUAUAACUGAAGUAAGAAAAGACUGGGUUGGAUAUUAUAUGCGGAAGCAGCUUUCUAACCUUCUGUAUCCCCCAGUAGGUCUUUGUGAUCCCCCAAAAUGCAAUACUAGGAUUGGAGGGGUCCCUUAUGGACAAAACACCAUGUUAAAUGUGUGCUGUAGCAAGGAGGGGAAACUGGGCAAAAGCUCCUGCUAUCCUUUAUGUCACCAGAGGAAAUUAGGAGAGGGAACUCUCUGCAAACAGAACAAAUUGGUGGGAGUAAUUUUGCCCAAUUCUUCCCCCAUAAACCAUGACAUUUUAUUCCCAGUGGGUUGCCAAAUUCUGACGUCGCCUUUUCAGGGAUCAUGAGAUGUGAGAAAAAGAAGUAAGAAAAAUCACCCUGCACACUUGCAGGAUCUGAGCACAACAGAGUAUUUCUGCUGAACUUCGCAAGCAAAUAUUUCUAUCUGUUAUCCCUUGGCAAAUAUUGCAUUUUCAUGGAUUUAAUGGGAGACUGCUUUUUCAGUUUCAAUGAAGAAUGUUGUACGUUGUAAAGAAUGCUGUUAAACCUUUGAUGGUAACUUCAGCAAAGUGACCUCAUAUUUUGUUGUCAGUAAAGGGAAGCAUGUCACAGAUGUCAAAAUAUUAUAAAACAGCUGAAAUUGUACUUCCUGAAAAACGCACUAUGUAGAAGCACCUUUGAAAUAAAUGAGAGCUACAUAUAUUAACUAGAUGUAGGUUUACAGUGUGUGGAAAUGUGCAGUGGCUUAUUGCAUGCUUAUACCUCACGGAAACCAAAAUUGUAGUGC